UUAAAAUUGAAUAUCUAUUAUGGCGAUAGGAUUUAAAAUAAUUAUUUUAUUUGCAGUAAUUAAAUUGUCUCAUCAGAAAUUAAAGAGUGAAAAAAUUUUAACUGGUAUUGAAUUGAUCGAAAAAUCAGGGUAUUUAGGAGAACAGCACAAUGUCACAACUGAAGAUGGAUAUAUUUUAAAUGUGUUUCGAAUAAUAAAAAGUCCUUCAGAGUUUUCAAAUAAAAGUGUUGAUAAACCAGUUAUUUUUAUGCUUUGUGCUUUACCAACUAAUUCAGACACCUGGUUAUUCCGGGGGCCAGGAAGAAGUUUAGCUAUGCAACUUGUUGAUGAAGGAUACGACGUUUGGCUAGGAAAUUUUCGUGGCACAACUUAUGGACGUAGUCAUAUUAAAUUGUCUCCAAAUGACAAAAAAUUUUGGGACUAUAGCUUUCAUGAACAUGGAUAUUAUGAUGUUCCUGCAAGUGUUGAUUUUAUUCUCAAUAUUACAAAUCAAAAUUCAUUGAUAUAUAUUGGUAUGUCCAUGGGGACAACAAGCAUAUUUAUCACAUUAUCAGAACGUCCAGAAUAUAAUUCAAAAAUUCAGUUAGUCAUUUGUUUUUGCCCAGUUACUGGUCUUGACAAUAAACCAUACACUGAAUUAUCACUGGUUCCUAUGUUUAUUUUUAUUCUGAGCACAAUUGAUUCAACUGGAAGUUUUGAAACUAUUCCUCAAUCACCAAUUUACAGUUUUCUUAUCGAAGAAAUAUGUAGAAAGCAUGAUAUAGUUGAUCUUUGUAUGAUGCCAUUGGAUGUUACUUGUGGCAAGAAUCGCGAGCAAACAGAUACUUUCACACUGAGUCUGGCUUUAAAAUAUUUUCCUGCUGGUACAUCCGGAAAAACUUUCUUGCAUUAUGGGCAGUUUGUUUUACAAAAAAAUGGCUUUCGAAAAUUUGAUUAUGGUAAUAUUAAAAAUAUACAGCAUUAUGGAAAAUCAAAACCACCAAAAUACAAUUUAAAAAACGUAAAAUCACCUAUGUUAUUUUUUUACGGUGAAAAUGAUCCUUUAUCAACAGCCAGAGAUACUGAAGAAAUUAUAAAAAAAAUAUCGAGCAAAGUUAUUGCUGAACCAGUUCCUCACAAAGCCUUUAAUCAUUUGGAUUUUGUUCUUGCAAAAGAUGUUAAAAAAUUACUCAAUGACAGAAUAACUUUGAUUAAUGCAUAA